AUGGCAGCCUUAUCAUUAUAUCUGCUGCUUACUUGGAUAUUCUUGCUGUCUCUCUUUCGUACUAGGUUUGCUGAGGUACUUUGUCAUGCGGACGAGAGCUUUGCCUUGAUGGAAUUCAAGAGAAGUUUCAGAACCAACACGACAGAUUGGCGAUGCAUUCAUCCAAAAGUCCAUUCCUGGUCACUGGAUGGAAGUGGAGAUUGUUGUUCAUGGGACGGCGUUGAAUGUGAUGAAGUCACCGGCCGAGUGAUCGCCCUCAACCUCAGUAGCAGCUUGUCUCUCGGCACCAUGAGUCCUAACACCACUCUCUUUCGACUCGUUCACAUGGAGUCGCUCAAUCUCGCUUUCAACAACUUCAACUUCUCCUCGAUUCCGUAUGGCUUCAGCAAUCUUUCAAAGUUACAAUACCUUAAUCUCUCCUCCUCCAACUUCUCCGGUGAAAUCCCUCGCGAUAUCUCGCAACUCUCCAAGUUAGUUUCUCUCGAUUUAUCAACUUAUUGGGAUGAGACACUUCGUAUGCCCAACAUGGGUGGCUUCGUUCAUAACUUGACUGGGCUAAAAGAACUUGAUCUUUCUCGGGUAAGCUUGUUAUCACCUUUGCCACCUAUGCUAGCGAAUUUCUCUUCCUUGACAUUGCUCAGGCUAGUAUCUUGUGAAUUGAGUGGAAACUUUCCGGUCAGCAUUUUCCAGUUGCCAAACUUAGAAGUCCUUUCCGUUGCUGACAAUUAUGACCUUUCUGGGUUUUUUCCCAAGCCACACUGGGGUUCUCCAUUGAAAUCCUUGGAAGUUUCCUGGACCAACUUCUCGGGAGAAAUACCCUCUUUGAUUGGAAAUCUUAGUCUCUUGAAUGAGUUAAGAGCCGAGAAUUGCUAUUUCUCAGGAUCGCUUCCCUCUUCAAUGGGUAAUCUUUCUCAUCUCACUAUACUGGACUUUUACGCAAAUAACUUGCAAGGUCAAAUCCCUGUUUCCUUUGCUAAUCUUACCCAGCUAUUGGAGCUACAACUCUCUAACAAUAACUUGCAAGGUCCAGUCCCUGUUUCCUUUGCUAAUCUUACCCAGCUAUCGAAGCUAUAUCUCUCUGACAAUAACUUGAGCGGUGAUUUUUUGGAGUGGGUGGUCAACUUGACAAAACUCACUAGCUUGGACAUUUCAGGUAAUUGGUUUGACUUUUCUAGUGACAACUUGCACAAUGAUAUUCUGGGCCCAUUGCGGAAUCUAAAGGAUCUCUAUGUGCUUAAUCUGGAGUCGCUUAAUCUCAAUGGCGUUCUCAAUGUGAAUGAUCUAUUCGCACUCAAGAACUUGAGACGCUUAGUUCUAUCCAACAAUAACAUAUCUUUCACCAAGUCAUUCAUCAACGCCACUACGUCGAAGCUUAUCAACUUAGAGCUGGAUUCAUGCAACUUGACGGAGUUCCCACAGUUUAUAGGCUACUUGAGCAAAUUGGAGGGGUUAUACCUACAACACAACAGAAUUCAAGGGACCAUUCCUAGAGGGAUGUGGAACAAUAGCAAAGAAUCUCUCAGGCAUGUAGAUCUUUCUCACAAUCUUUUAACCGGCUUUGAAAAUAACCAAACCAAUCUUUCUUUGCCGAACUUGGACUAUCUUGACAUUAGUUCUAACUUGCUAAAAACAACCCUCCCUGUCCCACCUCCCUCGGUCAUCGCAUAUAACAUCUCCAACAAUUUCCUAUUUGGGGAAGUUCCAACAUCCAUAUGUGAAGUGAGCUCUCUUACUGUGCUCGAUUUGUCCAACAAUACUCUGAAUGGCACACUUCCCCCUUGUUUGGGAAGUAUUCAUCCUUUGAUUUUAUUGAAUCUUGCGAGAAAUAAAUUGGAUGGCAUGAUUCCUCACGUUUACUUAGAUGAUUGUGCAUUGAGGAUGAUUGACCUCAGAGAAAACCAACUAAGUGGUAUUGUUCCGAGAUCUUUAGGAAAUUGCAGAAUGCUGGAGUAUUUGAAUCUUGGUGACAACCAAAUUAAUGAUACGUUCCCAUUUUGGCUAUCGGAAUUGACCUACCUAAAAGUAAUUGGCUUGCGGUCCAAUAAUUUCCAUGGUCCCAUAGAAUCUAAGCUAAGCCAGCUCAACUUCACCAGUUUACACAUCUUGGACAUUUCCAACAACAGCUUCAAUGGCGAAUUUCCUUCCAACUUGUUGAAGAGUUGCCACGCCAUGAAGGUCAUGGUUGGUCAAGAUAAUUUGGCAUAUUUGGAUAUUUUUGAAAUGCCUCCUCAUGCUUCAUUCUAUAUAAGUACGACUUAUGCGAUGAAAUUGAUGAAUAAGGGCGUGAAAAGGGAAUAUGCGAAGAUUCCAGAUGUCCUCAUCGCAAUUGACCUCUCCAACAACAAGUUUGAAGGGUUCAUUCCUGAACUCAUUGGAGAUCUAGAAUCACUUCGCAUGCUCAACCUAUCAAACAACCUCUUCAAUGGUAGCAUCCCUCCUUCCUUGGCCAAUCUGACAGUGCUCGAAGCACUGGAUCUUUCCCGGAACAAUCUUGUGGGAGAGAUUCCUCAACAACUAGCCCGCCUCACAUUUCUUUCGGUUUUCAAUAUCUCUCACAAUCAUCUAUCGGGACCAAUACCACUUGGAACGCAAUUUGAUACAUUCGAGAGUAGUUCAUUUGCGAUGAAUAAUGGUUUGUGUGGAAGCCCCUUGCCAAAUAAAUGCACAAAUGGUGAGGAUGCUCCACCACCACCAUCUUUCAAAGUGGAUAAUGAAGAAGAUUGUCUCUUCAACUUGGAUUGGAGAAUCAUGCUGGUUGGUGCCGGAGUUGGGUUUUCGGUUGGUAUUGUGAUAGAGAACUUGAUCAUUGAUGAGAAGAGGACGUGGUUCUUGUGCUGCUCCAAGAAAAUGGCCAAAGGAUGGAAAAAGAUGAGGAAAGCUCUGGCAGACAAGAAAUUAUGUAGCUAG